CUCCCGGCCAUGGCGACCGCAGACCGGGUCGCCGCCACCUUCCUCUCCUCUUUCCCCACUCACCAUCCCCGCCCCUUUUCCUCCGUUUCCCUCGUGACAAACCCUGUCCUACCCGUCUCCCUUCGGGCCGCUGUCACAGGUGGCCCACGGCUCGCCUCCCGUCUCCGGGUCCACCGCGUCGGCGCCGCCGUCGCCCAGCUUCCCACCACGAAUCCGGAGGUAGCUUCUGGGGAGAAGAAGAUCAGAUGGUCAUCAAGGGCUGUGCGGUCUUUUGCGAUGGCAGAGCUGGAGGCCCGGAAGAUGAGGUACCCUACCACAGGCACCGAGGGGCUCCUCAUGGGCAUUCUUGUUGAAGGAACUAGUGGCGCAGCAAAACUUUUGCGUGCUAAUGGAACCACACUUCUCAAAGUGCGUGAGGAGGCAGCGAAUGUUCUUGGGAAAUCAGAAAUGUUUUACUUUAGUCCCAUGCAUCCACCAUUGACAGAAGCUGCACAACGAGCCCUUGAUUGGGCUGUCAAUGAAAAAUUGAAAUCAGGUGAGGAUGGAGAAGUAACCGCCAAUCAUUUGCUACUGGGGAUAUGGUCAGAUAAAGAGUCGGCUGGUCAUAAAAUCCUGUAUUCGCUUGGAUUUGACGAUGAGAAAGCCAGUUUACUGGCCAAAACGGCUGGUGAAGAGGCUGCAAUGAGUCUUAGAGAGCAAGGAGAGCACCUAAUUUAUUCGUCAACUUAAGUUGGUAUUGUGCACUAGCUUUUAUGCACUUCUUGGUGCCUCGAGACGUUGACCUGGAGAGGCUGCCUCUACAAACUUUAGAACUUAUUAUGGAGAUAUGUUAGGUCAGAUACGAUAUUUGUACUCUCACGAUUGCCGAUGCCUGUGAAAACGUUGCGCUUUGUUUGUCACGGUGAAUGCUUGUGUUCCUUUAUCAGCUGGAUUUGGGAACUGCUCGUAGAAAACAAGUCAACAACAACAAAACUUGUAGGGUCCAGUGGGCCUGACGAGUCCUUAAAAAAAUUUGUUCACUUGCAGCCU